UCCGGGGUUGCAUCGUGCCCGAGAAGAGCAGAGCGAGAGCAGGCAUCCUGCGUUUGGGGGGGGGGAGCACCGUGCACGUCCACAAGGCUCCGGUCUGCACGGCGCCCCUCUUUGGGGACGAUGGGGUCCGUGUUAAGCAGCGACGGCCGGGACGGGGCGACGGCGCCGGGGCCCGGGGGCCACCGAGACAGCAUUCAGAUGGCUCCGCAGUUCGGGCGCGCCGGAGAAGCGAACCCGCGGCAGCCACCGCAGGUCCCUUCCUUUGACUGCUCCAUCUGCUUGGAGGUCCUCCACCAGCCGAUGAGGACGCGGUGCGGCCACGUGUUUUGCCACUCUUGUAUUGCAACAAGUUUAAGGAAUAACACAUGGACGUGUCCUUAUUGUCGGGCUUUUCUUCCUUCUGAAGGUAUUCCUGCAACUGAUGUUGCCAACAUGAUGAAAAAUAUAUACCAAAACUGUACAGAAUGUGAAACACAGGUAUGCCUUAGUGAAAUGAGAUCUCAUUUGAGGACUUGUGACAAAUAUACAGAGAAAUAUGGACCCUUACAAGAGGUCACAUACCCAGAAACAAGAUUUCCUUGCCCUUUCUGCCAGUAUGAAUUGGAUGAAACUGAUCUCCUGGACCACUUUCUCACUUAUCACAGAUCAGAGAGGAGAGCAGUGUACUGUCCAAUAUGUCGUUUCCUCCCUGGCGAUGGUCCAAGUUAUUACAGCAGGAAUUUUAUAAGGCACCUUCAGCUCAGACAUACAUUCUAUUAUGAAGACUAUAUAGAUAUAAAUAUUGUAGAAGAAGUUCUCAUUGAAAGAGUUCUAGACCGGUCAUUUUUAGAGUAUGUGCACGUGAAUAGUUCCAAUAUUGUAUAAACCAUCAAAAGGAUUUGAAGAAAUGCCAAAUGGAUUGCAUUGUGAAUUAAAAUGUUGGUUGUUAUUUGCUACUGUGAACUCCUUUAGGACCAUCCAGCCUUCCAAACAACACAAUAUAUGUUGUCUUGUAAACAUUUAUAUUCCUGUAAUGUGAAGACAAUCUGAAUGGCCAUACACGCUGAAGGAUUCUUUUUAUGAUGGGCAUGGAUGAUAAGAAGUGACAGACCUCUUUCCAAAGAAGCAGCAAGUAGCAUAGUUUUGGAGCUCUUUCUCUCCCAUUAGGAUCUCACUGCAUUAAGGAUUUUUCAGUACACAUGGCCCUAAAAGAUUAUUGCUGAUUUUUGCCAGCAUUCAUUGAUUUCAUUUAUGGAAAACUUUUGUGGUCAAGCCCUUCUUGAUCAAUUUCCCUGCGUUUAUAUGAUAUUUAAUGAUACUUGGAUGCAACCAAGGGGAAAUCCUUUUAUUAAGAAGUUGAUAUAGCCCUUCUUGUAUGACAUCCAAAUCACGGGACUGGUUUAGAAUAAGAAAUUUCCAUGCUGAUGACUUACCUUGUGGCAAUUCUUACCAAUGGCAUUAUGCUGGUAUAACUAGUAAGAUUCUGGCUAUUAUAUCAUUCUAAUUCACUCUCAAACUUUCAACAACGUUAAAGGCUGAAAAGUACUUGUUUUUCAAAUUAAGCAUGCUUUUUUCUAAGGAAACUUCAAUUCAGCCAUAAAAAUUAAAAAUGCAUUUUGCCUUGCCUAUUUAUAUUGUUAUUUUGCCAUAUUCAUCGAUCCAGUUUGAAAAAUAAUUUGGCCAAGUCAUUGUUCAGAAUAUAAAUUGUUACUGCUUGUUCCUUCCAUAAAAUGUGCUACUAAUGGCCCUUACCUACAGUUUUCAAAAAUGAGCACAAUUAGAACAUAUGUGACUGCAUUUCCUAGAGCAGGCCAGAGUUAAGACUGUGAAAAUGUCUAGCAAUGCAUUUAACAGCCUGCAGACUAUUACUUCUGAAUGUUGCACCUUGAAAUGCAGAAAGAAAAAAAGAAACUUAAGACUAUACAGUAUUCGAAUCACUGUAUAGUCGUGCUGACUUCAAUAGAAUUCUUCAUAAUUUAGUUUACAUUCAUAACAGGUAGAAGAUAAGUUGUAUAUUAAUAUGGAAAAUCAAGUAAAAUAAUGCCCAAGAUAGAAAAUCUAAGGAAAUUUCAAAUAUUUCCUCAUAUCUGAUUCCAAUAGUUGAGAAUAAGGGUCUUGCAGUUUCAUUUGGUCUACACACACAAACUAGUGUGCCAUUUGUUUUGUUUAUGUAGGAGGUAUAGUUUUAAAUGUUUAUAGCAGAAGAGUAAAAAUUAAUACAAUUUUCUUAUUUUAAGUAUUUUAAAACAUUUUUCAGUCAUGUAGUUGAUGUAAAUAUGUUUUGUAAGAAUUAAAGCAUUCAUUUAUAAACCA